AUGGCAGCCACCAGUGACCAACAACAGCAUAUGGCUGUGAUGAAUAUGCUGAGCGACUUCAACAUCGGCGACCACCCGAUCGCCCCGUUCAUGCAGACCGGCAUGCCGGCGCCGCUGUUCGGCGGUGGACCGGGAGGGCUGGCCCAAGGCCAAUUCAUGCAGAACCCCCAGCAGCCCUUCCAAAAUCCUCAAGGGCAAUCGAUGCAGGAGAUGUUCGCCAACCAGGCCCCGAUGUCACGUGUCGGCGGCGGCGGCCAGCCCUACGAGCAGCGCCAGACGAGCCUGGCCCCCGGAGGCCCCAUCGGUGGACCAUCCGGCCAGGAUCCGUCCGCCCAACAGGGCAGCUCCCAGGGCCAUCCAGCUCAGGCCGGACUUCCAGCAACCCAAGGCAGCGGCAUCUCGUUCCAAUGCCCCAAACGCCCGGGCCAGGGAGUCGAGGGUCGCCCGAUCAUGCUCCGCGCCAACCACUUCCAAGUCAGGAUCCCCGGCUGCAACAUCCACCACUACGCCAUCGACAUUCAGCCGGACAAGUGCCCGCGUCGUGUGAACAGAGACAUCGUCCAGGCGAUGAUCGGCAACUACCAGCGCAGCUUCCACCCGGUCAUCCCCGUCUACGACGGCAAAAAGAACAUGUACACCAAAGAGAUUCUGCCCCUGGGCCGUGAACGCGUCGAUUUUGACGUCAUUCUCCCCGGGGAUACCGCCGUCGACCGGCAAUUCCGCGUCACGGUCAAGUGGGUCGGCCAGGUGUCGCUGUCUGUGCUCGAAGACGCGAUGGAGGGACGCGUUCGCCAAGUUCCCUUCGAAGCCGUUCAAGCCAUGGACGUCAUCCUCCGCCACUUGCCGAGCUUGAAAUACACCCCAGUGGGCCGCUCAUUCUUCACUUCUCCUCAACACCCACACAACCCGCCCCAGCACGGCCAAUUCCAAACCGAGAGCAAGCUGGGCGGCGGCAGAGAAGUAUGGUUCGGUUUCCAUCAGAGUGUUCGCCCCAGCCAGUGGAAGAUGAUGCUCAAUAUCGACGUCUCCGCCACGGCCUUCUACCGCCAAAUGCCGGUGAUCGAGUUCAUCGCCGAGGUGCUCGAGCUCCCCGUUCAAGCCUUGGCCGAACGUCGCGCUCUCUCCGACGCGCAGCGCGUCAAGUUCACCAAGGAGAUCCGCGGGCUGAAGAUCGAGAUCACGCACUGCGGGCAGAUGCGCAGGCGGUAUCGCGUAUGCAACGUUACCAGGCGUCCGGCGCAAACUCAGACGUUCCCGCUGCAACUCGAGACCGGCCAAACGAUCGAGUGCACCGUCGCCAAAUACUUCUACGACAAGUACCGAAUCCAGCUCAAGUACCCGCAUUUGCCGUGUCUGCAAGUUGGCCAGGAGCAGAAGCACACCUAUCUGCCGCCAGAGGUCUGCCAAAUUGUCGCCGGACAGCGCUGCAUCAAGAAGCUCACCGAUACCCAGACGUCGACGAUGAUCAAGGCCACCGCGAGGUCCGCCCCAGAGCGUGAGCGCGAGAUCAGCAGCCUUGUCCGCAAAGCCGACUUUGCCGGCGACGCUUACGCCCGCGAGUUCGGAAUCGCCAUCAACUCGCAGAUGACCGAAGUCAAGGGCCGUGUCCUGUCCGCCCCGAAGCUCCUCUACGGCGGCCGCACCAAGGCCACCGCCCUCCCCAACCAGGGCGUCUGGGACAUGCGCGGAAAGCAGUUCCACACCGGCAUCGACGUCAAGGUGUGGGCCAUCGCCUGCUUCGCCCAGCAGCAGCACGUCAAGGAGAACGACUUGCGCAACUUCACGCAGCAGCUGCAGCGCAUCUCCAACGACGCCGGGAUGCCGAUCAUCGGCCAGCCGUGCUUCUGCAAGUACGCUGUCGGUGUUGAUCAGGUGGAGCCGAUGUUCAAGUACCUGAAGCAGACGUUUAACGGGAUCCAACUUGUCUGCGUCGUCCUCCCCGGCAAGACCCCGGUUUACGCCGAGGUCAAGAGGGUCGGAGAUACGGUUCUCGGAAUUGCCACCCAAUGCGUGCAAGCGAAGAACGUCAUCAAGACGACGCCACAGACCCUGUCAAACUUGUGCCUGAAGAUGAACGUCAAGUUGGGGGGAGUCAACUCGAUCUUGCUCCCCACUGUGAGGCCGAGAAUCUUCAACGAACCGGUCAUUUUCCUGGGAUGCGACAUCACUCAUCCUCCAGCAGGAGAUUCUCGAAAACCCUCAAUCGCCGCAGUCGUCGGAAGCAUGGAUGCCCACCCCAGCCGAUACGCAGCGACUGUCCGCGUCCAGCAGCACCGCCAGGAGAUCAUCUCCGACCUGACGUAUAUGGUGCGCGAGCUGCUCGUGCAGUUCUACCGGAACACGAGGUUCAAGCCAACCCGGAUCAUUGUCUAUCGCGAUGGUGUCUCGGAGGGCCAGUUCUUCAACGUGUUGCAGUACGAGUUGAGGGCGAUGCGUGAGGCGUGUAUGAUGCUGGAGCGCGGGUACCAGCCUGGAAUUACGUUUAUCGCUGUGCAGAAGCGCCAUCACACGAGGCUGUUUGCGACGGAGAAGAAGGAUCAGGUCGGCAAGGCGUUCAACAUCCCACCCGGCACCACCGUUGAUGUUGGCAUCACCCACCCGACCGAGUUCGACUUCUACCUCUGCUCGCAUGCUGGUAUUCAGGGCACUUCCCGUCCCUCGCACUACCACGUCCUCUGGGACGACAACAACAUGACGGCCGACGAGCUGCAGCAGCUCACCUACCAGAUGUGCCACACCUACGUGAGGUGCACCCGCUCGGUGUCGAUCCCCGCCCCGGCCUACUACGCCCAUCUCGUCGCCUUCCGCGCCCGCUAUCAUCUCGUGGACCGUGAGCAUGACAGUGGCGAAGGCUCGCAGCCGUCCGGCACCUCCGAGGACACGACCCUGUCGAACAUGGCGCGCGCCGUCCAGGUCCACCCCGACGCCAACAACGUCAUGUAUUUCGCC